AUGACCGUAGCACACGAUCUAACCCACCGUGGAUCCUCAUCCCAGAGCACCAGCAUGAUGGCUCUCGAAGAUCGAUUCGAAGUGUUGAAGGAUAUCGGGGACGGCAGUUUUGGGAGUGUAUCUCUGGCACGCGUCCGCACGGCCGGAGCUAAUGUAGCUCGUCGUGGCACGGUGGUUGCCAUCAAGACGAUGAAAAAGACUUUCGAGUCAUUUGCACCAUGUCUUGAACUCCGCGAAGUUGUAUUCCUGCGGACACUUCCACCGCAUACCCAUCUCGUCCCCGCCCUCGACAUCUUUCUCGACCCUUACAGCAAGAAGCUUCACAUCUGCAUGGAAUAUAUGGAAGGCAACCUCUACCAGUUGAUGAAAGCGAGGGACCACAAGUGUCUUGACAACGCUAGCGUCAAGAGCAUCCUCUACCAAAUCAUGCUGGGUCUCGAACAUAUCCAUGCGCACCACUUCUUCCACCGAGAUAUCAAGCCCGAGAAUAUCCUCGUCACAACAUCGGCGCAUCACGACUCGGCCGUUGCAUCGUUCCGUCGUUACUCGGCUCUUGUCACCCCGCCGUCCACCCCUCCCCCGAGCUACGCCGUCAAGAUCGCCGACUUUGGCCUCGCCCGAGAGACACAUUCGAAGCUUCCCUACACCACCUACGUAUCGACGAGAUGGUAUCGCGCGCCCGAAGUUCUGCUCCGUGCGGGAGAGUACUCUGCACCUGUCGACAUUUGGGCCGUCGGUGCCAUGGCCGUCGAGAUUGCCACCCUGAAGCCCCUUUUCCCCGGCGGAAACGAGGUCGACCAAGUUUGGCGCGUCUGCGAGAUCAUGGGCAGCCCUGGCAAUUGGUACAGCAAGUCGGGCGCUCGUGUCGGUGGUGGUGAAUGGCGCGACGGUGUCCGUCUGGCGGGGAAACUCGGCUUUUCGUUCCCCAAGAUGGCACCUCAUUCUCUGGAUUCGAUCCUCCAAGCGCCGCACUGGCCGCGUGAACUGAGCCACUUUGUGACCUGGUGUCUCAUGUGGGACCCCAAGGGCCGUCCGACGUCCAGUCAAGCCAUCGCCCACGACUACUUCAUCGACGCCGUGGACCCCCUGCGACCCAAGUCUUCCGCGUCGAGGAUCUUGGGCAGGAAGCAAUCGGAUUUGAGCCGUGUUAAGGAUGCUGCGACGGCGACGACGGCCCCGACCUCAUCAAAGCAAUCGUGGUUCCGAAAGUCUCUCAUCGGCCGAUCGGAGAAUUCGGAGACUUCCACGGUCCAAACCUCUGUCAAGGAGAACAUGGCACCCCGACCCGCCCCUCUUCACGCGCCUAACGAUGUGACUGCGAACGCCAAGGCCCGGGUAGCGGCAAGCAAGCGAAGCACCUGGACAAACGGCCCGUCCAUCGUCGCUCCCAUGCCUAUCCUGCCAAGCAUCAGGCCGAUAUCACCGUUGUCUGAUGCAGUGACGGCUCAGGCGAGCAACAGCCCUUCUCUGCACGAACAUGGCAAUGCCGGGGCCGUGCAGGCCGAUGCCCAUGGCAGCAAGAAGAUUGGCAGGCAGUUGUCAGUCGCGUCAUGCACAAAUCACUACACAGAGAUGCACCGACAACAAGCCGAGCGAGCCCUGAACGGCAACUCGGGGCUAGUGUCACCGCCAAGCGGUCACAAAGAGGGCUUCUUGUCUCAUUUGCGGAAGCGAGCGCGCCGCUUCUCGGGACGGAACCAGACGCCUAUCUCCCCCGCAUACGAGGACGUCGAAGCGCAAGCAGGUUGCGGUCCGUGGGCGAGCACUCGGUCAUCCUUGUUAAUCGACCAAUCCCCGCCGCCGCCGCCGCCGAAAGCAGACCCGUACGAAUCUCUCGACAAGGCGUCGCGCGAUGUGCAACAGCACCGCGACUCACAGCCAGUCGGGCUUUCCUACGCCUCGCCGACCAACAACCUCAAGAGACACCAUUCACUGCCUAAGAACCAGCCGCGCUCUGUGGACAACCUGGUGGCGGUUGCUCGGGGCGGCCCCAUCUCCAGUCGCGCCCGACGCACACAGGCGGUCCAGGGCAUGCAACAAUACGAUGCCCCCGACGAGGAAGAUGAACUGCUCGACGAAGUUCUCACGUCCACUCACCGGGCAAUGAAGAGUUUGGAGAAGGAUAGUCGGCCGGGCCUCCGGCAGUCGGCGAGCAACAUUGGCUUUUCCAACCCCUACCCGACGCCGUCUCCUUCGGCCAGCAACAACGCCGUCAUGUUCGGGGACGGGAACGAAUCUGUGACGCCCAAACCCUUGAACUUGAAGAAGUCGCAGAGUAACGAUUACAAAUGGCCGACACCACCCUACGAAGAGGGCGAGUGGGCCGCUUCUGCUUCAGCAAGCAUUUGGGCCGCAGGCAACCGGUUCUAA